AUGGCCCCGGGGCCUACGGGAAUGCCCGGUGUGAACGUCGCUCAGCCAAUACCAGGGUCAGAUCCAACAACGGACACGUACGUUACUUUGCAGGUUACCGAUCCUCAGGUCACUGCUCCAACAACUAUUUCCACGAUUGAGCCGAGUGGGUCUAGCCCAGGAUUCAUUGUAGUUGCAGAACCUCCGCCUUUUCAAACUUCUGAGGUUGUGCUACCUGGUAUUCCCAGCCCGACAGCAAUUGUGACAAUCCCGCCAGAGAGCGGCACCCCUGGUACUGUCAUCGUAGCUCGUCCCCCUUCUACCGUCACAUCUGAGGUGAUAAUACCUGAUGCUACGGGCCCUAUUACCCUUUCCACGAUUCCUCCUAGCGGCACAGUGCCUGGUACCAUCAUUGUCGGUCAGCCUACUGUGUAUAGCACUUCUGCCGUUGUCCUUACUGGGACUGACGCCAGCACGGCUACGGCGCCAGUGACUCUGACGUCCAUCUUGCCAAGCGGUACUUCGCCUGGGUUAGUUGUGGUUGGAUAUCCUCCUCAGUUUGUGACCUCAGAGAUACAAUAUCCUGAAGAUGAGGGCGGCGGGACUGGUGUUGUUCCUAUAUCAACAAUUGAGCCUUCUGGAAGUGUACCAGGAACUAUCAUUGUUGCUCGUCCGAGCUUCAUCACAUCAGAUCCAUUGACAGCUUCGUCACUUCAACCGACGCCAGUGUCGUCACAGGGGGCGACUGUAACCUCUCCAGGCUCUUCUCAGGUGGAUAUAGGAGUUGAAGAGCCUGGAACGUCACCCACAGCAAACAAUGGGAUCAGCUUAAGCAACACAGCUGUACCGACUGCGACGCCAGCCGAAACCAUUGAUGAUGGAACCUCUGUCUCUGGUGGAGCAUUGCCGACGACAGGAAACCAGCAAGGCAGGCCUGCCCCAGAUACUAACCUGCCGGGAGCGGCUACAGGAUCGAGUACUCAGGGGUUUGCCGACAACAGCAGCUUCUUUCUCCUCAAUUGUUUCAACUCCGAGCUUAGCAGAUCCAUCAAACGUCUCAACUCCUCCAACUGCAGAGGAGACACCUACUCUAUCAGGACCAUUUUCGGCUUCACCAACCGUAUCGGCUUCGUCAAGAACAUCGUUAGGGUCAUCAAAUCUAUUGGAUUCCUCUAG